AUGGCAACAACACAUGCUGUGAGCCCUAUGGGCCUAGUAGCUCACCAGAAGCUAGAGCUAGCCAAAAAUGACAGGGACCCAGCAAAGCUCAGAGAGGUGAAUGCUAAGACGACCGAACUGCUUGGCGACAUUCGGGUAGCUCUUUCUAGCAUUUCCAACUUGAAGCGCGCCGAGAAUUGGCGGAAGUCGAUUGAGAAGCUCCAGGUCGAGUACAGAAUGCCUCGAUUUGUCAUUGGAGUUUUGGGUGAUACCGGGUCAGGAAAAAGCUCACUUAUCAACGCGGUCUUGGAUGAAGAGCGAGUUGUUCCGACCAGCUGCAUGAGAGCCUGUACUGCAGUGAUCACUGAGAUCUCGUGGAACCAGUCUGAGGAUCCCGCCAAGAAGUACCGCGCAGAGAUUGAGUUCAUCACACAAGCCGAGUGGACGACCGAGGUAACUGCUCUCCACCGCGACAUUCUGGAUGCCAACGGUGGUCUUUCAUCGGACGUUCGUAAUGCCGAUAGCGACGCCGGUAUCGCCUAUGCUGUGUUGAAAGCAGUGUAUCCCAAUCACACCGACGCACAGCUCAGAGACACAGAUCCCUUCGUGCUUGCCAACUUCAUCAAGGUGCGCGAGGUGAUCGGAAAGACGCAGAUUGUAGAAGAGGCAGAAUGCGGUUCUUUCUAUUCAAAGAUACAGUCGUUCGUGGACUCGGAGGAGAAGCGCAGCAACAAUGGUUCGGAGGCUGCGAGCACCGCGAACACCAUCCUCCAGGAAGGAAGGAUGGCUUUUUGGCCUCUCAUAAAGGUUGUUCGAGUGUUUUUGAAGUCGGAGGUCGUAUCCACUGGCGUUGUGCUUGUGGAUUUGCCUGGCGGCCGUGACUCCAACGCCACUCGCGCAGCCGUUGCCGCGAAGUAUGUCAAGGAAUGCUCGAGACUCUGGGUUGUUGCACCCAUCACUCGCGCCGUAGACGACAAGACGGCCAAGACUCUCUUGGGAGAUCACUUCAAGCAGCAGCUCAAGUAUGACGGCGCUUAUUGCAAUAUCACAUUCGUCUGCACCAAAGCGGAUGACAUUUCUCUUGAUGAGGCUGCGCCAAGUCUCGGCAUCGAGGAGUUCAUCGCCGAGGAGCAAGAACGGAAGAUAAAAAUGGAGACGCAAAUAAAAGAAAAGGAACAGGCAUUGGCCGUUUUGGAGCCCCAGAAGUCGAGCAUUCAGGAGAGACUACGAAAUGUCAACAGAGACAUCGAAACCUGGAACGGACUACGCAAGCAGGUGUCCAAAGGACAGAAGGCUUUUGCCCCCAUUCUUUCCCCGCAAAAACGAAAGCGUUCUCUAAUUGAGACUGACAAGGAAGCUGCGGCAGCUAAGAAGGUGAAGAAAGAGGUUUUAUCGAGCGACACGGAUGGUGAUACCAGCGAUGAGUCAGACCUUGGUGAGAGUGAUGACGACGGCUGCGGCGGCGAUCAGCCUCAGCCUCUGACUUUAGAGGAAACGCGGAAGAAGCUGGAUGAACUCAAGGCCAUCAAAAAAGGUAUGAAAGAGGAGAAACGAGUUCUGGCUAAACGCGUGUCGCAGCUCAAGGCCGAAAUCAAGGACCUCAAGGAGCAACGCUCGGCCAUCAAGAUCAACAUGUACAGGGAGUGUAUUAAAGGGCGUAACUCGUACUCUCGGGAUGCCAUCAAGCAAGACUUCGCCUUUGGCCUCAAAGAGUUUGACGAGGAACUCCUUGCGGAACAGCAACAAGAUAGCACGCAACAGGUACAAGAAGAGACCCCCGACUACGAACAGAUCGGAAGAGACCUCCCUGUCUUCUGUAUCAGCAGUCGUGGGUACCAGCAGUUGAGAGGGCGAAUGAAGAAGGACCAUCGGGUUGUCGGCUUCACCUCGCUCAACGAUACGGAGGUCCCGGGUCUUCGUAAUCACACCCUACAACUAGCUGCCAGCAUUCAGGCCAUACACUUCCAACAUCAUCUCGGCGAUAUUCGUCGUCUCUUGGGAGCUUUUGACCUUUUCGUUGCGGGUGAUGUUGCCAACCUCAAGCUUUCGGAUAAGGAGAAGCAGAAGGAGACGGAGAACCUCGAGAAGUCACUCUCAAAGCUUGGAAAGACGCUGGGUGAAUCUAUCACCCGAUGCAUGGCGGACUGCCAUGCAACUGUGAAGAAAGGCAUUCUCAAGAAAAUCGUCAGUGGCACCUCCAAGGCUGUUGAGAAGGCCUUAUCCACCGCCGAAGACUGGGGUGCCAAAUACGAUGCUGGCGGUCUCCGCUACAUGACCUAUAAGGCAACCUGCCGCCGUUUCGGGGUCUUCAAAGGUUCAUCGGGGCCUCGCGACUUCAACGAGGACCUCCUGAAGCCGCUGAAGAACCAUACCGCGCAUGAUUGGGACUCAACGUUCCGCAGUCGCCUUCCAGAGAAGUUGACGACCCUCGCAGCCUCCAUGAAACAGCUAAUCGGUGGCUUCCAUGAGCGGAUGAGGGAUCGCCGGUUUCUUGUCGAGAACAACGGAGUUAUCAACGAGAUCCUCACAAAGCUUCUGACUGCGCAGAAGGAGACUCUCAUCCACAUCAGUAGCGAACAGCUGAAACUGGUGCAGGAAUCAGGGAAGGAGGCAAAUCGAUUAUUCGGACCCGCCAUUCAGCAGGCUAUGUUGCAGGCCUACAAUGGAUGCGUUGAACAGCGCGGCAACGGCUCCUUCAUCAUCAUGAAGGAGAUUAUGACCACGCACGUCGAAUCCACCAAGAACACAAUGUUCACGGAUGCCGCCAGAGAGAUUGAGAAAGCCGUAAACCGCAUGCUCAGGGAUCUGGAGAAAACAAUCAGGGAUGACACCAACAGCGUCAUCAACGCGAUGCAGGAGGACUAUAUCGGCCUUGUUGGAGAGGUAGCCACCGAGGCCGACAACCGCGCCAGAAAGACCCUGGGUCCUGUGCUCACGGAAUUCUACAAGAAGCUCAACGUCGCUUUGACUCCUGCCCCCGAGACAAUCGACAUUGAUAUCAAGGGAGAGGCGAGAGAUGACGACGAGUAUCAAUCGGACGACGAGUAUCGACCGGACGACGACGACAGCGAUUGA